GCAAAGCGAUGAACAAACAAUGCGGAUUAAACAGCUAGAGAACAAGCUUAUGCCUACCCACACAGACAAGGAAAACAAAAGGCUCACUUCUAGCGACAAGAAUCUUUCUCCGUGUCCGAAUCCUGGAUACGGCAACGCAGAGACAGCAUAUGAAAUCCUCUUAUGGAUGGCACCAGCGGGAAGAAUGUUGACAGUGUGGCCACCAAACUGA